AUGGAACUACUAGCCCUCGCCGGCACGAUCUUCGCCGUCGUAGUCGUCGGCUGCUACCUCCUCGAGUCCCUCUUCUUCCUCUCCAAGGACCCGCGGGAGCCCGACUACUUCCGGCCCAAGGUGCCGCUCAUCGGCCAUCUACUCGGCCUCAACAAGUACGGCGCCGGACGGUAUUUUACAAAGAUCGGAUCCCAGACAAAGUUCAAGAUCUUCUCCGCGCCCAUCUUCAGCUUCAAGUUCUACGUCAUCUCGGAGCGCAAGUUCAUCGCCUCGAUCCAGCGCAAUGCCAAGACCAUCUCUUUCGCGCCGUUCGCGGCCAAGGCGGCCCGGACGUUCAGCGGCGCCACCGAGAAGGCCGCGAGCCUGCAGGACCACCUCGAGGGCGGGCCCGGGGCCAAGGAAUUCGACAGAGUUCAGCGCACCAUGCUGGCUGCCGGUCCUGAGCUCGACGAGAUGAGCCACGUCGCGACUCGGGUGAAGCUCGAACUGGUUGAUAAGCUGGCUGUUGACGCCACAAGGUCGUCAGGCUCCGCCGUUGAGAUUGAUCUUUUUGCUUGGGUCAGGCAUGCUGUCUCGAUAUCGUCAACGGAGGGCUUUUUCGGGCCUCUGAAUCCUUUCAAGAACCCUGAGCACGAAGCCGACUUCUGGACCUUCAGCGACAAGGCUCACAUCCUCAUCGGGGGCGACUUCAUGGGCAACCUUUUCGCUAAAGAGGCGAUGAAGGCCCGCGAGCGCAACGGUCAAAGAUACGAGGAGUACGUCCGCCUCGGGGGUCUUGAACAGGCAUCCGGGCUGAUCAAGGGCCGCGCACGUGUGAUGGAGGAGAACAAUGUGUCGCAACGGGACGUCGCCCGCCUCCACAUCGGCUUCGAUAUCGCUAUGCUCGCUAACUACGUCCCCACGACAUGGUGGGCCGUGUUCGAGAUCUUCUCCCGCCCUUGGCUUGUCGAAGAGAUCCGUGAAGAGGUCCGCAAGGCCGUCAGGGUGCAGGACAACGGCGGUUUCACUCUGGACUUAUCCCUUCUCAAGUCCUCAUCGCCCCUUCUGCUCUCCUCGAUCCAGGAGGCGCAACGCCUGCACAUGGUCCACGCGUACAUCCGCGAGGUCCUCCGCGACACGACCAUCACGGUGGAUGACACCCCUCAGGUCCUGAAAAAGGGCAACUACGUCCAGAUCAACGGCAUUCCCAUCCUCCGCAGUGAGGAGACCUGGGGCGCCGACGCCGCGGACUUUGACGCGUACCGCUUUAUUAAGAUGAAGAAGAGGACCGAGGUGCCAGGCGUGGCGACGCCGGGCGACCUGCCGCCUCACUCGUUCCCCGUCUGGGGCGUCUCGCCGCACAUCUGCCCCGCGCGGUGGUUCGCGACGGGCGGGACCAUGGCUCUCAUCGCGUUGAUGGUGUUAAAGCUCGACAUCGAGGCGGCGCCGGGGUUGAAGGGCGACGGCCCCGCGGGGAGGGAGUGGAAGGUGCCUAAGCUCGGGGGCCUCUUCGUUGCGCUGCUCUCCCCUGACGAGCCCGUUCCGGUUAUGGUUCGGCCGAGGGAAGAGUUUGCGGGCAAGUGGAACAUCGAGACGGGGACCCCUGGGACUAGACUGCAGUUGUCAGUAGGUUGA